CCAGACGACUACGGCGGGUACGAGCCCCUGGAGGGGCCGGGGGGCGAUCCCAUGUUCCCGGAUCCGUCCCUGGAUCCCGAGGGGCUCUGCGAGGGCCCCCCCGGGCUGGGGAAGGGCCCUGGAAUUCCCGGCAUUCCCGAGUUCCUGCCGUCGGCGCAGCGGGCGCUUUUCCUGCGCAUCCAGCACAAGCAGCACGAGGACGAGGAGAGAGCCCGGAGGGGGGGAGAGCCCGGGAAAACAGAGCGGGACAACGAGGAAGGCGACCCCGGGAACUGGUACUCGAGCGACGAGGACGACGGCGGCAGCAGCGUCACCUCCAUCCUCAAAUCCCUUCGCCAGCAAAGCUCCGGGAGACCCCCCAACAACAACCCCAACAACCCCCCCCGGGCCCCCCCCCGCGCCCCCCGGCUGCAGAGACCCCCCCGUCCCGCCGACCCCCGGCUCCGGGACCCCCGGCUGGCCCGGAAUUCCGAGCAGCUCCCGACGGAUCCGGGCCCGUCCGACCCGCGGUUGGCCCGGCACGGCCCCCCCAGGGCCGAUCCCCCCCCUCUGCCCCAAAAAGGGCCCCCCGAGGAGGAGGAAGGGGAGCGGCUGCUGCGGGACAAGGCCCUGAGCAUCCCCCUGGAGCCGCUGCCGGGCCAUUCCCAGCGGGAUCCGCGCUCCCAGCUCCAGCAGUUCAGCCACAUCCGCAAGGCCGUGGUGCUGCCCAAGCCGCCCUUCGCCCGCGGGGUCCUGUGGAGCCCCGAGGACCUGAUCCCGCUGCCCCUGCCCAAGCAGGACCCAACCCCCGUGGCCCUUCCCGCCGCCCUCCAGGCGGCUCCGGGAUCCGAUCCGCGCCUGAUCCGGGCGCCUUCGGAUCCGCGGAGAGCCGGGGGAGAACCCGGAGCUGCCCCGGGAUCAUCAGCAUCCUCCUCCUCCUCUUCCUCCUCCGCCGCCCUGCCGGACUUCGAGCUGCUCUCCCGCAUCCUGCAGACUGUCAACGCCUCGGGGGGGGACAAACCCAGCGACCCCCGCGUCAGGAAAAACCCCCCGGCCGACCCCCGCCUCCAGAAAGCCGCGGAGAGCGGCGGGAAAGAGAGCGGGAAUUCUGGGAAUUCCGGAGAUUCCGGUCCUGCCAUCGCUCCCUACGACCCCCGGCUGAGCUGGGGAGGGGGCGGCCAGAGCAGCGUCCUGAGCAACAUCAGCCUCUACGACCCCCGCGCCGCCCAGAGCCCCGAGGGGGGGAACACGGAUGGGACCCCCCCGGCCCAGAAAAACCCCCCCCAAAAUCCCGGCGGGAAAAGCAAGGAGCCGCCGUUCCUGCGGCGCUCGGCGCUGGACACGGACACGGACAGGGCGGAACCACCCGACAGGUACAACAACAGCUACAACCGACCCCGGCCCCGGGGAAACAACAACCCAAACAACAACAACAACCCCGAGGGGGGACCCCAAACCCCCCUGCACAACCCCCAGCCCGCCCUGCACAACCUGCCCGUGCCCCCUCCCCUCUACGGGAGACCCCCCAAGGCCGCUGGAGGGGGGGGAGGGACCCGGCCCGGAGCCGGGAGCCCCUUCCCGGGAAACAGCCCCGCCAGGGAACCCCCCGAGGACGCGGCGUCGUCGCUCAAGGAGGUCUUCAAGGGCUUCGACCCCACGGCGUCGCCAUUCUGUCAGUGAGGGGGCCGUGAAUCACCCCGAAAUCCGGCCAGAAACCCCAAAUCCACCCCAAAACCCCA